AUGAAAUCAGCUGAAGACCAGGUGGUGGAGGAUGAAGUGGCCUUCCAGGACGACGAGGAGUCGUUUUUCCAGGACAUCGAUCUCCUGCAGAAACAUGGAAUUAACGUGGCUGACAUCAAGAAGCUGAAGACGGUGGGGAUCUGCACUGUCAAGGGCAUCCAGAUGACAACGCGCCGCGCUCUGUGCAACAUCAAGGGGCUGUCCGAGGCCAAAGUAGACAAGAUCAAAGAGGCAGCCAACAAGCUGGUGGAGCCGGGGUUUCUGACAGCCUACGAGUACAGUGAGAAGAGGAAGACAGUGUUUCACAUCUCCACAGGCAGCCAGGAGUUUGACAAACUGUUAGGAGGGGGAGUUGAGAGCAUGGCCAUCACUGAGGCAUUUGGAGAAUUCCGGACAGGAAAGACGCAGCUCUCCCACACGCUGUGCGUGACGGCUCAGCUCCCUGGAGCAGCGGGAUACUCCGGAGGGAAAAUCAUCUUCAUCGACACGGAGAACACCUUCCGCCCUGAUCGACUGAAGGACAUCGCUGACCGAUUCAACGUGGACCAGGACGCCGUGCUGGACAACGUGCUGUACGCGCGUGCCUACACCAGUGAGCACCAGAUGGAGCUGCUGGAUUUCGUAGCAGCGAAAUUCCAUGAAGAGGCCGGGGUCUUCAAACUGCUGAUAGUGGACUCGAUCAUGGCUCUGUUCCGUGUUGAUUUCACGGGCCGGGGGGAGCUAGCGGAGAGGCAGCAGAAACUGGCUCAGAUGCUGUCUCGUCUGCAGAAGAUCUCUGAAGAAUACAACGUGGCUGUGUUUGUGACCAAUCAGAUGACUGCAGACCCUGGUGCUGGGAUGAGUUUCCAGGCGGAUCCCAAGAAGCCGAUUGGAGGACACAUCCUGGCACACGCCUCCACAACACGUAUCAGCCUGAGAAAGGGGCGGGGUGAGAUGCGCAUUGCCAAGAUUUACGACAGCCCCGACAUGCCUGAGAACGAAGCCACUUUCGCCAUCACUGCUGGGGGAGUGGCCGACGCAAAGGAGUGAGACUGUGGGAGAGAUGAGAGGAGAAGAGAGAGAGAGAGGAGGAGAGAUGGGAGAUGGGAGCAGGGAGAGAGGAGAGGAGAGAUGGGAGAGGGGAGUAGGGAGAGAGGAG